CCCGAGCCCCGCAGAAAUCAUUUUUUACUUCUAUUUUAAUGAAAUCUGGUUUUGCUGGGGGGGGGGGGGAUGCAUUUAUUUUUUCCCACCCCUCCUCCUUCUCCCACACUCCCCCCCCGCCCCGAGCCAAGGACACACCCCCGGAGGGGUGGGGGCCAGUCCUCGCCCGCGAGGCUCUGCGGGGCUCGGGGCCGACAAGGCCGGGGUCGGGGCUGGGGGGGGGAGCGGGAGCCCCCGGUCGCCUCCCGGGGGUGCUCAGGGCCCCGGGAGAGCCCGGGCUGGGCAGGUUUCCUUAUCCGGGGACCGCGGGGCCCCUCGCCAUUGGCCCGCGCUGUCACAUGGACUCAACUUUGUUCACUUGACAAAAUUAAUGGCCAUGAGCUCGUUUUUGAUCAACUCCAACUAUGUGGACCCCAAGUUCCCACCCUGUGAAGAGUAUUCCCACAGCGAUUACCUUCCCAGUCACUCGCCGGAAUAUUACGGCAGCCAGAGGCGAGAGGGCACUUUCCACCAUGACGCGAUGUACCCGCCGCGGUCAGCCUGCGAGGAGCAGCUCUACUCCUCCUGUCCCAGCGCCGGCCGCCCAGCAGCGCUGCCGUCCCCCCGGGGUCACGGCCGUCCUCCACCCGGCUUGCGGGGCCACCUCCCCGCGGCGGGCCCCCCCCGCCAGCCGGGCACCCCCAGCCCGCCGCCCUCCUGCAGCCAGGACCCCCGGAACCCGCCCGCCCCCCCCUGCAAGGAGCCGGUGGUCUACCCCUGGAUGAAGAAAGUCCAUGUAAGCACGGUAAACCCCAAUUACUCAGGAGGGGAACCGAAACGCUCCCGUACAGCCUACACCAGGCAGCAAGUCCUGGAGCUGGAGAAGGAAUUUCACUAUAACCGUUAUCUCACCCGGAGGCGCAGGGUCGAGAUCGCCCAUUCCCUCUGCCUCUCCGAGCGCCAGAUCAAAAUCUGGUUCCAGAACAGGAGGAUGAAAUGGAAAAAAGAUCACAAGUUACCAAAUACCAAGAUCAGGUCUAAUUCUUCCAGCUCCUCUGCCAGCCUGCAGAUCCCACAAGGAGGAUCUCAAAACCGAUCCCAUGGACCAGCCACCAGCCUAUAACUAUUCCUUGGAUGCAUGGAUGGAUGGAUGGAUAGAUGGAUGGAUGGAUGGAGUGUGCGUGUUUGUGAGUUUGUGUGUGUGUAGGGAACACAUGGUACUUUGUUUUUAAUGCUCCGAGAAGCAAGGGAAGGAGGGGUGCUCUUUAUUUAUAGGGGAAACAGGGAGACCCAGCUGCAACAAAGCAGAGCUGGGCUGUUGUGCCUCUUCCAUUAAGAGGAGGCUGUAGAUAGUAGUUUUCAGAUUUGGCUAAGAUGGAUCCUUGUUUCAUCUUUAAUCACGCCAAGCUCUGCCCCAUUUGUCAUGUUUACUCUCCCGUACAAAGGAUGGACCUUAUGUCUGCUAUUACCUCGACAACCAGCGCUCACUUUAAUAAAUGAGGCUCAGUUUCUUCAAGACGAACUGGAUUUUCUCCCCCCUCCACCUCCACCCACCCCCUUUUUUCCCCCCCUCUUCUUUUUCCCUUCUCGCCUGCCAGCCACGAACGGGAAGUUUCUAUCCCGCCAUCCCAAAGACGCGGCGAUUCUAACACGGCCCUGCCAUGGAGUGGGGAAAACGCAACAAACAAAAUCCAAAUCCACAGGGGUGUGAGGAGGGGGUGGUGGUGUUGCUCCAGGACACUGCGCUGGUCCUGAGUGGAAGUGGGGGAAUACCCUGGGGGCGGGGGGGGAGGAAGGGAUAACUAGGUCAAAUGGGUGGUGGACAAAGAAAGCAGGAGGAUAGGGAGUGCUGCAGACACCACCACCCCCCCGCUAUUUUAUUUCCAGUAUGUUAAUAGUGAUUCUGGGAAGGGAAGGUGGGGUAGUUUAGGAACAGGGUGAUGAACUGUGGCACCUGGAUUCACCCCCACAGGCCAGGGUGAGGAGGGGGGAGCCCCCCUCUCCUGCUGUGGCGCCCAGUUUUGUACUGAAAAUGUGAAUUCGGGAUGGAGGGGUGAGGGUUUGUCCCUCUGGGGUGAACCAGAGCUUUGGCAAGCCCCCCUACCCCCCCCCCGUCGAUACCCUUCCUCUACUCCCUUUGUCCUUCUUGCUGUCUAGGAUUACCUGUAAUGAGCAGAGAAAAGAAACAACAGCAGAAACAAAAAGCGCAAUUGGAAAUAAAUCUGUUCAUUGUGAA